AUGGCUCCUACCGCUCUCGAACGUGAGGAUGUCUCGCGCGAUGCUGCCUUCAACAAGGCUCUGCACGGAAAGUCGGCUCAGGCCCGUGGUGGUUUGACUGCCAUGCGUGGCAAGGACGCUGCUGCCCAGAAGGCUGCUGUGGACGAGUACUUCAAGCACUGGGACAACAAGGAUUACGCUGUUGAGACCGACGCUGAUCGCGAGACCCGCCGAGCUGAAUACGCUACCCUGACCCGACACUACUACAACCUUGCCACCGACUUUUACGAGUACGGCUGGGGUUCUUCCUUCCACUUCUGCCGCUUCGCCUACGGUGAGCCCUUCCGUCAGGCUAUCGCCCGUCACGAGCACUACCUCGCCAUGCAAACCGGUAUCACGGAGAACAUGAAGGUUCUUGACGUUGGCUGUGGUGUCGGUGGUCCUGCUCGUGAGAUUGUCAAGUUCACCGGUGCCCACGUCACCGGUCUGAACAACAACGACUACCAGAUUGACCGUGCCACCCACUACGCCGAGAAGCAGGGUCUGUCCGACAAGAUGGCCUUUGUCAAGGGUGACUUCAUGCAGAUGAAGUUCCCCGACAACAGCUUCGAUGCUGUUUACGCCAUCGAGGCCACUGUCCACGCUCCCGAGCUCGUUGGUGUCUACUCUGAGAUCUUCCGUGUCCUGAAGCCCGGCGGUACCUUCGGUGUCUACGAGUGGCUCAUGACUGAUGAAUACAACAACGACGACGCUGAGCACCGUCGCAUUCGUCUCGGUAUCGAGCAGGGUGAUGGUAUUUCCAACAUGGUCACCAUCUCCGAGGGUGUCAAGGCCAUCAAGGAUGCCGGCUUUGAGGUCCUUCACCAUGAGGAUCUGGCCCAGCGCCCCGACGCUACUCCCUGGUACUACCCGCUGGCGGGAUCCUUCAAGCACAUGGGCUCCGUCUGGGAUUUCUUUACCAUUGCCCGCAUGACCUGGUGGGGUCGUGGUCUUGCCCACCGCUUCGUCGGUGCUGGUGAGUCUAUUCGUCUGUUCCCCAAGGGUUCCCAGAAGACUGCCGACAGCUUGGCUCUGGCUGCCGACUGCCUGGUUGAGGGUGCUCAGAAGAACCUGUUCACUCCUAUGUACCUGAUGGUUGGCAAGAAGCCUGAGUAA